AGUAUUCUCAAGGACUAUUCUGAGCACCUGUUCCCUCACUUUCCCCUUCACCCUUGACAAGGCCAUCUCCAAUUCAUAACCCACUUAUUCCUUCAUACCCAGCAGGCCAUCAUCAUACCAGAGUAAGAAUCAGGAAGUCCGGCAAGAUGCUGAAGAAACUGCUACCAAAGACUAAGAGCAAGAAGAAGGAGGAGGCUGCGCCCUCUGCCAUACCCACUUUGGAUCGGCUCCAUGAGACUCUAGAAAUGCUGGAGAAGAAAGAGCGUUUCCUUCAGAAAAAGUGUUCUACAGAAAUUGAAAAGGCCAAGGUUUAUACAAAAGCAAAGAACAAGAAUGCUGCAGUUCAGUGUCUAAAGAGAAAGAAGCUGCACGAGACACAAAUUGAGCAGCUAGCAAAUUUCCAAUUGCGAGUUCAUGACCAGAUUAUAAUGCUUGAAAGCGCAAAGGCAACUACCGACACUGUUGAUGCUUUGCGCUCUGGGUCAUCUGCUGUCAAAGCUAUUCAGCAGUCAUUGAAUAUCGAUGACAUUGAAAACGCCAUUGAUGAGGCCAACGAUCAGACAGAAAAUAUGAGGCAGAUACAGGAGGCACUUGCGAUGCCAGUUGGUGCUUCUGCUGAUUUUGACGAGGAUGAGCUAGAAGCGGAACUAGAAGAUCUGGAGGAGGAAGAGCUUGAUGAAGAGUUGCCUGAACCACCAGCGAGGCUGUCUGUGCCUUCAGCAAAAGCGACAACCUCUUCUAAACAAGCCAAUGAUUUGAAUGAACUGACCAAACUUCAGGCAGAGAUGGCACUUUAGGUCUAAAAUGCGGCUAUAUAUGUUUCACUGAGCACUGGCAUCCUGGUGCGAAUUUGUUGUAAAUUCAGGUUGUUGUAGAAGUAUGACCUUCCUCCUUCCAUGUAGUUUGUAGCAUGGUGUUACCUUACACUGUUUUGAGGAUGUAGCCAGGCGUUCAAUCGAUUACAACUUCAUCUGUUAUGCAA